UAAACGUACCACCCACUCUUAUCUCUGUCUCUAAAUCACUGGUUGCAAUUCUCCACCACAAAAAAAAUAAUGCUAUAAUAAUACUCCAGUUGACUUUAUCAAUAAGAAAACAAAAUUUUCAACCUGCCCCAGGAAUGAAAACUAAUCAUACUUGCCGGCAUUAUAUUUCAAAUAAAGAAGUAAACAUGUAUUCAAAGUUCACUCAACUGCAAUCUUUACUGUAUGUGAGGGAUAUAUUUCAAAUAAAGAGACCAUUUAUGACCAGAGAAAACCUGAAACUUCUUCAUCAACAGCUUCAAGUCCUCUGAGCCUUCUAAAGUGAAGAGCAAUUGGUAAAGGAAGAUGGGUAGGCUUGGAUGCACCAUUGAUGGCAAUCUGGAUGUCUCGAAGUUCAGCCAGCCCAUGCCAUGGAUCGGUGUCUACGUCGCAGCAGCAUCCGCAGCCUGCGCCAUUGCCAUGGCUGUGGAUGCUUUCCAUGGCUUGCGCAACCGGAAACUCUGGUUCCCCUGCAAAUACUUCUCUCUCAAUGCCACUACCCUGACCUUGAUAGCCGUGGCGAUCAAAUUCUCGGUGGAUCUGAAUACCUCCAUGCCUCGCAAGCAGGAUCAGCUCGCAAAAGUUAGCAGCGCCGUCUUUAUCUGCACGGUGAUGGGUAAUUCUAUGCCUUCUCUAGGAACUAUGGACAACAAAGAGAUCUUCAUGAACCUCAUGGCUCUGGGAAUUCUUGUCAUCACUGCCAUCGUCAAUAUCUGCAUCCAAAUGGGUACUGGUGUUAUUUAUACUUUCCAGAAAGAGCAUGCUUUUGUUAUGUUUCUUAUGCUUGUUUUGCUUGCAAUUUUGAGUUCCUCAGCUUUGACUGUUCCAACUACUAAGCGUUACUUUGAUCUAAAAUAUAGUAAAAAACAUCAACUAACUAUGAAAGAAUGGCCGAAUACGGCUGAAAAGUGCACGGUUAAGAAACUGAGAGGAGAUCUGAGGAAAUAUUGGAUGAUGGCGCAUACCUGUUGCCCCCAGUUUGUGAUGGGGCGUUCUGCAACAUGCACUGCCUCGGGGGCGUUCUGCCUGCUGAGUGCUGCAAUUUUAGCAGAAGCCAUGCUUCGAUCUUACUUCAUGCCCUGGUCCUUCAAAUUCUGCCAUGGCGAGUCCGAUUACAAGUGGUCAACUACUUUAGUUCUUGUAACUCAAACUAUUGCAGUUGGAAUAGGCACUAUUGCCCCAGCUUUUAGAUGGUUCACUGCCAUCAAUUUUAGGUGCCCAAAGAAAGCAAGAAAGGCUAUCAAGCCCCAGUUCAGAGUGGAGAGCUACUGGAUUCAGACACUGGUGGAGUGGAAAGAACGCCCAUUAGCCACAAAAAUUUAUGGCCGGCAUGGGAGAAAACUUGCUCACAACAUGAAAGAGAAAUUUUUGGAGUUAUGUAUUGGAAUGCAGACUGGGGUAGUGUUGGUGAGCAAAAUGGUUCGCCUCAGUUCAAUUUAUUUUGUAAGCUGGUUUCUGAUAUGCUACCGCGGCUGCAGGAAAGUGAAGUGGUUGUUCAAAUGCAACAAUAGUGUUUCCAGUGAUGAGUCAGGAUCAGAGUCACGGACCAGUUCAAAUCUUGAUCUUAGCCGUUAUGUUUUGUAUCUUGAAGGAGAAGCGGAACUGGUUGAUCUGAUGACGGAAAACAACUGUGAUGCUACUGAUCGUUGGUUUCGGAUGGGGAAAAAGUUGCAGUCAAGAGAUCUCAUUCAGCUUUUAGAGAAAUCCACUUCUUCACAAGAAUUCAAAGGAGUGCUUCAGUUCGACAGUGACCAGGUUCCCUCUUUGGAUUCUGAAGAACCUCCUAAUUGUUGGGCUCUUCCAGUGGUGACAUUGACAAGCAUUGCAGUUGCACUUCCCAACAUCGACUACCAUGUGGUUAAACAGUUGAUAAGCGGCGUACAUAUAGGCAUCAUGUUUGCGAGACUGGUUGAAAAUAGCUUGCAUGCAAAAGAAGACUUCAAAAGCAUCAUGAAGGCAGCAGAUAAUGUGUGGCUAGGAGUCGAUCUCCAUCACAAAUGGCUAGAUGUGGAUCUCCGUAAGAUGGCGCUCCAAGUGGAGAGCUCGAAAGAAGUACUUGAAGGACUCACUGCUAUCGCAAAGGAAAGGUUCCUGGAAUUCAAAAAGAGAGAAAUGACAAAAUGUUUAUGGGAUAGCCCUCACAGAUGGCCCAUCAAGGCAUUGGCUGCCAAUUCCAUGUAUAGAAUAUGUCAAACCAUUCUGCAAGAUUAUGAAAGCAGAGACUACGGGUGCAGUGAAAAAUUAUUCGAGAGGUUGUCUGUCAUGAUCUCUGAUAUAUUGUGUGCUUGUCUUACCAACUUAGAACGAACUAUAUAUACAAAAUGCCACCAGAGCACCAUUGAAGAGAGGGAAGACAGUGUCUGCCACGCAAUUAUUCUUCUUGGUAAAUCAGAAAAGAUUUUGAAGAUUCUUGAUCAGAAACUGCCUCCAAGUUUGAAUCCAGAUCAAAUGGCAUCUAUUGAUAAAUGGCGCGAAUGUAACAAGCAGAAGAAACCCCUACACUUCACCUCUUCACUGUCUUCAGCAGAGAGUGACACAGUCAUUUCUUUUUCACCGGAGAGAGACACAGUUUCUACUUCACCCGACUUAUAUUUAACCAUUGAGUAGGAAUCGAAAUUAUAGUUUUGAGAUAUAGCAUCAGUAUGCUAGAGCAUAUUUUGUCAACUUUGAAGUAAACACUCACAACUAAUGUCUAUAUGUAUAAAUUGUAUUUAGUGAUC